UGUGCGUUGUUAUUUGUUAUUGUUGAUUAGUCAGACCGCGGGAAUGCAUUGAACUUCAGAAAUGAUUAAAACCGAAAAAAUCCUGCAUUUAAAGAGUUCCCGGGGAGGAAAGGUCCGUGUGGUCCGAGAGCAUUACCUGAGGGAGCAGGUGCCGUGCGGAAGCGCUCUGUGUCAGGCGGAAUGUCAGCACGAUGGCAAGCUGCUCUCUGGAGACGUGACUCAUUAUGUGGUGCCAGAUGCUGGAGUGGUGAGAGACUUCCUGGAGGUUCUGGAGUUCAGGGAGUUUCGUGGAGUCGUGUUUACGCAGACAGCAUGCCAGGCUUUACAAAACACACGUGGGCGCAGGCACUAUAACAGGCUGCGUGGUCUCCUAAAGGAUCCUCGCUAUGACUGCGUCCUGUUUGCCAAUGAGUUCCAGCAGUUUUCCUACUGCUCCAGAGAGAAAGGAGAAACACUAGAGAAAUGGCAAACGAGGUGUGUCUACCAUGCAGCCGUGUGGUAUUAUAACCAUAUGGCCGGUCUGAUGUCAGUAGUUAUGAUCACAGAAGACCAGGAGGCCAUUAAAGAAUAUGGCAGUCAGAACAGUGGCGUUUACGUCAUCUCAACUCGGGAAUAUCUGGAGAGUUUCUGGCCAGACCUGCAUGCAGCGCAAGAGCUGUAUGCGUCCAUUGCUCAGACUCUACAAGAGAGAGAGAGUGAAGGAGCAGAGAAAGAAUACUCUGAGCAUUUACCUGCAGAGGUCAUGGAGGCAGGAAUCAAAUCAGGCAGAUACAUUCAGGGCACACUUAAUGUGAACAAGCACCGUGCACAGCAUGAGGCCUUUGUACGUUUUGAGGGCUCUGCAAGCAAGAAUACAGAGCUAAACAGUGAUGUUCUAAUCAAUGGAAUGAAGCAUCGUAAUCGGGCCAUACAUGGUGAUGUGGUCGCUGUUGAAUUGUUGCCACGUGGUGAGUGGAAGGGACGAAGCAUGGCUUUAACAGAGGUACAAGGAGAGGAGAAAGCAGAGGAUACACAGAGUCAGCCUAUGCCGACAGGCAGGGUGGUUGGGAUCGUACAGAGAAACUGGAGGGACUACGUGGUAACGUUUCCUCCUCGAGAGGAGCUGCAGACUCAGUCCCGAAACUCUCUGAGGAUUCUGGCUAUUCCCUGGGACUGUCGCAUCCCAAAGAUCAGGAUCAGCACCCAGCAGGCUGACGCGCUGCAGGACCACAGGGUGAUAGUGCGUGUGGACUCAUGGGAGAGCACUUCUCUCUACCCCAAUGGUCACAGUGUGAGAGUCCUGGGAAAGGCCGGUGAGGUGGAGACUGAAAUUCAGACUAUACUGGUUGAGAACUGCAUCCACGUGCCUCCGUUUUCUGAAGCGCAGUUACGAGAAAUGCCUGUGAACUCUAAGGAGCAGCCGUGGCUAAUGGACCAGGCUGAGAUAAGCUCUCGGAAGGACCUGCGUGACACACACCUCGUGUUCAGUAUUGACCCGCUAGGCUGCGAGGAUGUAGAUGACACCUUGUCAGUCCGCAUUCUGCCAGGGGGCAAGCGCCUGGAACUGGGCGUCCACAUCGCAGAUGUCACUCACUUCGUUAAAGAGGGCUCUCUCACUGAUCUGGAGGCUCGUUCCAGAGCCACAACAUAUUACCUGGCUGACCGAAGGUAUGACAUGCUGCCAGCGGUGCUGAGUGCCGACCUCUGCUCACUGCUUGGGGGAGUGGACAGAUAUGCCAUGAGUGUUAUAUGGGAGCUGGAUGCUGCGACUCUGGAAGUGUGUAGCGUGUGGUACGGCCGCACACUCAUCCGAUCCUCUUACCAGCUGCACUAUGAGCUAGCUCAGAGCCUGUUAAACGGGGAAGAUGUGACAGUGCCGGAGCUGGCCCAGCUCGACAGCUCUGUGCGGGACCAGAAACUAGCUGAGCUCCUGCAGUCCCUGGAGCAGCUGACUCGAGUAGCCAGGCACCUGCGGUCACAGAGAGAUAAAGGUGGGGCUUUGGAGCUGGAAGGUGUUGAAGUGAGGGCACAGCUUGAUGAGGACAAGAACAUUGCCGCUCUGGUGCCCAAGCAACCUCUGGAGGUGCAUGAGACGGUGGCAGAGUGCAUGAUCUAUGCCAAUCACUGGGUGGCACGUAAGAUCCAGGAAUGUUUUCCACACCAGGCGCUGCUGAGGCGUCAUCCACCACCCAGGCAGGAAUUCUUCAACCAGUUGAUUGACAGUGCCAAGAGUCGUGGCUUUGCAAUUGAUACAAGGUCGAAUAAGACUCUGGCUGACUCUCUGGAUCAGGCAGUGGAUUCACAGGACCCUCUGGUAAACCGACUGCUGAGGGUGAUGGCCACCCAGGCCAUGUCUAAUGCUUUGUACUUCUCCACUGGAUCCUGCUCAGAGGAUCAAUACUACCACUAUGGUCUUGCUCUGGAUCGCUACACCCAUUUCACCUCUCCAAUCAGGCGCUAUGCUGACAUCAUAGUGCACCGUCUUCUCAUGGCCGCUGUCCAAUCAGAGAAAGAGGAAUGCUUUCAUAAGAGCUUAGCUAGCAACAAAGAACUGGAGGAAAUGGCUCAUCAAAUCAACAACAGAAACCGGGCCGCUCAGCACGCUCAGAAGGAAUCCACAGAGCUUUUCCAAUGCCUCUACUUCCGAGAUAAGGACCCACUCACUGACGAGCGCUGUGUGGCUGACGCUAUUAUUUACUCCAUCAGAGCUAACGGCGUGCUGGUCUUUGUCCCACGGUAUGGUUUGAAGGGUGCGAUGUACCUGAAGAAUCGGGAGAGUCAGGUGGUGAGCAUGGGCGAUGAUGGUGAGUGUGUAUGGCAGGUGGGCACACUGCAGAGGUAUCCAGACAGGAUCAGCGCAUGCACGAGUACAGGGACAAUCACCCUUCACCUGUUCGACCAUGUCACUGUGCGCAUCUCUGUCGAAGCUUCUCGUUGCCAUUCCGACAGCCUGCAUCUGGAACUUGUUAAGAACAAGCCUCAUCAGUCCAUCGUGGCUAAGACUCAGAUGAGCAAUCGUGUCCCGUCUGAGCUGAUCGAGGAGGUGGUGCGCAUGGAAGAGGCAUCGCUUCAGGCAGCAGAGGAGAAGACAAGGAGACCAAGACUGAGCAAAGAGGAGAAGGAGUUCAGACAGAGCAAAGGGCCAAAUCUCUACUCAAUCCUGCAGGAGAUCAGUGAGCUCGCCCUGUUUGAUACAGCUUUCUGUCACAUGCAAAACACUGAGAUACCAACAUGCACCACCUCAGCCUAGACCUACUGAGAAAAUCCAAUAUUUGUUUUUUUCCUGCUUAAGAUUUUGGGAAAUGUUAUUUGAUAUUUAACCUAGUUUGGAUUACACAGUAGCACUGGAGUGUUUUGGCCAAGGAUUUCACUCAGAUAUUACUCAUGAGCUAAAGAAUGGCCCUUAAUUGAUGAAAUCAAUUUUAGUGUUGCACUGAUUAACUAAUACAUUUUAUGGUUUAGUUGUGGUGUAUGCUCAGUGUAUAUUUUGUACAAGAAUGUAUACAAUGUAAAACUAUAACUGAUAUUUUGCACUGAGUUUAAUUGAAGCUUUUUAUUAAAAAAAUAUUUUCAUAAGCUGUAUACACUGACUU